AUGGCCCUACUCGUUGGAACCGCCUUUAUUGUGGAUAACAAACAAGUGUUGGCUCUACUGAACAAAUUUAUCAUGGGUUGUUCUGAAGCUGAAAUGGUAAUACAAGCGCUCAAUACUACUACUGAUGGAAGAGCUGCUUUCUUCGCAUUGAAGGCAUUUUAUGAAGGUGAAGGCAUUUUCGCUCAUGAUGUCAUGGCAGCGGAAAACAUCAUUGCAACACUUUUCUACGCAGGAGAAAAACGCCCAGCUAUGUACUGGCUGAAAUUCGAAAAAAUAUUAAAUAAUGCCUAUGCAACCAGGCAUCACAAAUAUGGACGUGUAAUGUAUACUGACGUUAUGAAGCUACAAUCCCUCCAACAAAGAAUCAAAGCUGACUUCCUGUCACAGACAAAAGCGGCAAUUGAAGCUAACAUGCAUGCUAUUCCUAUGACUAUGACAUAUGAUCAGGCCAUGCGAAUGUACUGUUCCAAGGUGACAAUUCCUGUGAUAACCGCCGUUACAAUGGAAAUCAUCACUUUGAGUGAUGGGAAAGUCAUCAAGUACCAUCCGAGUUACAACUUUUCUCGUGAACACUUGGACCUGAUGACAAAAGACCAAUGCAACACAAUGACAGCCAAAAGGACAGCUUAUCGCAAUCGAAACAAAAAUAACCAAGACAAUGCUAGUACCAACGAAUAUACAAGAAAUAUAGUCGCACUGACUUCUCUAAUUGGAGAUUUGACCAACCGUUUGACUGUACCAACGGAAAUCACACAAGGAACUGCUGCUACUCAAAUCUCCCAAGUUACUACUGGCACCAACGGGCGCUCCAUUAUUGGAGGACGUCUACAACAAGCCCAACAGAGACAAAAUGGAGGAAGUGGAAGUAAUAUCUGA